AAUAGAUAAUAGUUUUUUAACCUAAAGGGUGGUUUCUAUAAGUUUGCAUCGGCACAUAAAAGCAAGAGAUAGAAAGAGAAGAGUAGCUCUCAUCAUCAUUAUCAUCAAAAUAAAUCAUGGCGUAUGGAGACAGCAGAUCAGGACCGUCCAUCUUGGAUUCAUUCUCGCUCUCGCCUCUACCGUACCCGGUCCUUUUAAUCCUAGCUGUGGCUUCGGUGUUCCUAAUGACAUCAUGGUACAUGAGCUUCGAAGAUGCAGCAGAAUCCGCGGGUGAGCAGAUGAAUUUUGCUCUUCUUUUGAUCCCUCUGCUUCUCAUAAUCUUGGUCAAGUGGUUAUCCACCGUGGAGAACCCAGACGCGUUUCUAGGGAUGUUUUCAAACCGUCGUCAAACAUACCAGAGUCCCAACUCCGGGAGUGAAGGUGGAAGCUCGCCGUGGGGAGUGGCAGCCAUUAUCGUUCUGUUGCUUGUUCUGCUUCAGUAUCAGUCAAGUUUCUUGGAGAUGUGGUUUGGUUGAUUUUAGCUUGUAGCUCUUUUUCUAUCUUUUUAAUGUUUUCGCGUUUAUUUCAGUGUAAUAUCAAAAGUAAUUUCAGAACUUUAUUUUUGUUUGGUUUAUCUUUGUUGCUGCUGAUGACAUAACUUACUACGAGGUCGAAGAUCUCGUGACUUGUGUUAUCCGAUCUCUUCUUCUCUCUUGUUUACACGUGGUACCGUCUGAUUAACGUCACCAGGUGCUGUAAAAUGUAAAUAAGCAUUUACACCAACUCACGAGAGUUUUUCGAUUUUGUAAAAAGUAGUUAAGUAAUAAAAUAAUAC